GUUAAGUAUCAGCCUGAAGUAAGUGAGAGAAUGGACUCCAUUAACAGCAGCUCAAGGGACCAUACAAAGCCAGUGAUGGGAAAGAGGUGCAAGUAUCAAGUGAGGUGGUUCUAUUCAAAAGGAGCAUUUCUUGUUCUACUGUGGACUACACUUGUCAGUGCAGCUGUGUGGUCUUAUGGGACAAUGUUGGGAGAGAGAAUCUUAUCAGAAGGCAUAGAUUUAGAGAGGAAUACUUUUUCUCGAGUGUUCCUUGUACUACCAAUUCUAGUCUAUGUUACCAUCCCACUUGUAGGAUGGUUAGCAGAUGCUAAGCUUGGAAACUACAGAGUCUUGAAAUUUAGCUGCUUCUUUUUAGUAGUUGCAUCGAUAGUCAUUUGCAUAAAUAUUCUCUGUGAUACUAAGAUGAACUUCAGUGCAUUACAGUACACACGUAAAGUCAUAAUAGGGCUAGCGUAUGCAGUGAGUGCAGCAAGUACAGCAGUUUGUAUAAUAACAGCCUUACAGCUUGGUCUAGAUCAAAUGCCAGAUGCUUCAUCCACCAACAUUUCAAGUUUCAUCAGUUGGUUUGUGUUUUCACACAUUCUUGGAUGUUGGAUUGCUGAAUGGCUAUCAAAUACUCUCUUUCAUUGCGUAAACUCUUCGACAAUUAAUGAUAUACAGAAAAUGCAACUGUUUAGCUUAUUUCCAGUGACUUGUAUGGUAGUUAUUUGUUCUUCAAUGUUUUUGUUAGCUCCAAAAUGGCUAAUUAUAGAACCAAAGUCGCCUAAAGCCCUCAAAACCAUCUACCAAGUUCUCAAGUUUGCAGCCAAGCACAAGGCUCCUAUUUAUCGCAGUGCUCUCACAUACUGGGAGGAAGACGUACCCUCUAGAUUGGACCUGGGGAAAACAAAAUAUGGUGGACCAUUCACUACAGAGCAAGUUGAAGAUGUGAAAACCUUUUUACAAAUAAUUGUGAUGUCUUUCCCAAUAUUUCUCACUGUAACUGCAAGUUGGAAUAUUUUACUCGGACUAGGCUUUACAGCAGAUAGCUAUGUAGGAGUGUUGAACGAGGAAAUGCUGUGGCAUCUUACUGUCUCCAACACUACUGACAAUUGUACAUCGAGCAUCAUAUACAGUUUUAGUUUGAGCCAUUGGUGGAGUGGUAUUGUUACAACAGUUGUCUACGAAUUUGCAUUAUAUCCACUCAUAAGAAACAAAGUACCCAGCUCUAUCCGACGAAUUGGAGGUGCAGCUUUAUUUUUCCUGUUACUAAACAUGCUAAAGUUGGCUAUUCAAUUUUCUCCAUAUGCACAAGCAUCAGUACUUUACAUGGGGGCUCUCAGUGGCUUCUUAUCUGUACUCCUAAUAAACGGAAUACUAGAAUUUGUGUGUGCCCAGUCACCAUACAACAUGCGAGGACUUUUGACUGGCUACAUGAUGUUUCUAUUGUUUCUCUCAGUAUCUCUGAACUACUUUGUUGAAAUGCUACCUAUAUAUUUGCCAAUUUACACUCUCCCUUCAAUAUGUACUGCACUGAGUGUGAUUGGAUUGGUCCUGUACUGCCUCCUGGCUCGCUGGUAUAAGAGGAGAGUUAGAGACGAGGACUACAAUGCACACAGAGUGGUGGAGGAGGUCUAUGAUCGAUACCUCUCUCAUGUACAGUAGUAUGUAUACCUGCAUGUGUACCUUUAGAUUGAGAGUCAACUGAUUACGUCCAUAACUUAUACUUAGCACACUUAUAUAAUAAUUACUGUAGCAUUUAUUUUGCAUGUACUCU